GCGAAAACCCGGCAUCUGUUAAGACAGGACAAUGGGAAUGGAAGGAUAGUCUUCCCAUAAACCCUAGACUUAUCGCCUUCCCUCUCCCUCGUUUGCGCGGUUGUUUUCUUCGAGGGGGCUCUUCGCCCUCUCUCUUCGAAUUAUUUGUCUCCGUUUCACGUCGUUCAUCUGUUCUAUCUCUAGGCUUCCGAAGCUCUCCAGUCGAUCUGUGCUCUCUGGAGGUUUAAUUUCGAGAUGAGUAGUUCUUACAUCAUUCCUCAUCUGCUUGAGGGAUGCCACUUUUCUGGUGUUCUUGGUUGCUUUUAAAAAGAUUAAUUAUCUAGCUCUCUUCGGGUAUUGGAUUUCUUGCCAUUUCUUUGGGUCAAAAUGAUUGCCACUGAAACCAUUGUAUCGAGCAAAAAGCUGAAAAUUAAAUUUGCUGGUAAACGAGUAGAAGAUCAUCCGGGUUCACAAUCCUGUGAUUUUGGGAAGCUUGUAGGCCAGAAAUUGUCAUUCAAGGGCACAAAUGGGUUGAAAGUGGAUGACACAUUCAACCAUUCGUUAAAUGCUCUCUGUAAUGGUAAGACCUUUGCUGCUGCUUGUUCCAAGUCAAAAUCUUCCAUCACUAUCACUGAUAAGCGCAGAGCAACUGAGGAUAUAGAAUCUCCUAGAGAGAAGAAGCAGAAGUUGGAUCGUAGUACAACACAACAAUGCUCUUCAAUUUUAAAAUCACUUAUGUCCCAUCCAUUCGGUUGGGUUUUCAACCAGCCCGUGGAUCCUGUGGCAUUGCAAAUUCCUGAUUACUUCUCAAUCAUCACUGAUCCUAUGGAUUUGGGAACUGUCAAAUCCAAACUAGAGAGAAAUAUGUAUCGGGCUAGUGAAGAAUUUGCAGCUGAUAUUAGACUGACAUUUUCUAAUGCCAUGCUUUACAAUCCUCCUGGUAACCAUGUUCAUAAGAUAGCAAAGGAACUUCACGAAGUUUUUGAGAAGAAAUGGAAACUGCCAAAGGAAAAAUGGUUUGGUGGAAAAUCAGAUUUUCAGCGAGAAAAACUUUCAAGUGGACCAACAGGAGAAAAGGUUUCUCGAACUCCAUCAUCUCACAAUACUUUAUUGAAGAAGAAGUCAACAGGAUCUGAAGAGAAAGUUAGCAAGCCGUCUUCAAAUGCAAAUGGUGCUGAGGUUGAUCGUGCUAGAACACUUCCAACUUGUGCACCCAAGCCUUCCAGGAAGAACUUCCAUACAGUUACAGAAACUGGCAGUAAACAUGCUUCUAGCUCCUUUGAGAAACAAACACCAAGACAUAAGUGUACAGGAUGUGGAAGCACGCCAUUUCUGUGCGGCUCUUCUUCCAAUUUAGGCCAUGCACCCUCUGGUGGAGAAAAUCCAGAUGUCAAUGAUCCUUGCAGACUGGACUCUCAAACAAGGAGCUUGUCAGCUUCCCAGAUGUCCAAGUCGGAUACAGACUCUGAUGGGAUUAGAAGUGUUUUGGAGGAUGAAGGAAAACCUCCUUGUGAUCAGCCUUUGACCCUUGGGGCAAAUGCUACUUCCGAAGCGUUCUCUACCCCAAUUUUUGAUGUACAACUUUCACCGAAAAAGGCUCUUCGUGCUGCAAUGCUGAAGAGUCGAUUUGCUGAAACUAUUUUGAAAGCACAACAGAAGGCACUUCCUGAUCAUGGCGAUAAAGUUGACCAAAUGAAGAUCCAACAGGAGAAGGAGAGGUUAGAAAGGAGGCAGCGUGAAGAGAGAGAACGUAUAGAAGCAGAAAUAAAGGCUGCUGACAUGGCCGUGCGAUUAAAAGCAGAGGCUGAGAAGCAGCAGCAGAGAGAAAGAGACAGAGAGGCUGCCCGUAUUGCUAUUCAGAAGAUCCAAAGAACUGUUGAACUGGAUCAGAAUCUUGAGAUGCUGAAGGAGCUGAAAAAGCUCAGUGGGGGAUUCUUAUUUGUCCAACAUCACCGUGCAAUAGUGAAGAGGUCAUUCGAUGAGAGCCAGUUGGAAAACCCAUUAGAACGACUCGGUUUGUUUAUGAAGGAUGAAUUUCUGGAUGAUGAUGAAGAAACCAUCUACAAUGAAAAUGGAGAAGAGAGGGAGAGUUUUUCCAAAAGCUGAAGAGAGAGGGAGACUUUUGUCAAGCUGAGUGUUUUGUCUGCUCGUUUGUAAAAUGGCAUUCAUGUUUGGUUGGGUUAGGAUUUAGGACUUCCGAGUACGAUAACUUUGAGUAGAGUACAGAAGUUGAAUGUAUAGCCCAAAGUUCUAUGGAUGGGAAACUGAAAAGCAAAAACAGUAUCUCCA